AUGAAAACCUUGACGCGCAGUUAUGUAUACUGGCCGGGUGUGGAAAAACAUAUCAAAGAACUUGUGCAGUCCUGUCAACCAAUUAACAAUCAGUAUUACUUUAUCAUCGUUGACGCUUACAGUAAAUGGUCGGAGGUAAUCAUGAUGGAUCACACGACUUCCUGCUACACAGUUUUGCAGCUCACCCGAAUCUUCUGCCACUUACGGCACGCCAGGAACAUUGGUGGCAGAGGAUUUACCUCGGCGGAUUUUGCCUUGUUUUGCCAGCAAUAUGGGGUUCACCAC